AUCAAUUUUCUUCAUUUAUGGAUAAAAUUAUAAAAGAUAUGCAAACCAAGGGAACUAAUGGACUUAUUAAAGGUAAACGCCAAAAGAAAAAGGUGACAAAAGAAAUGCUAGGAAGAAAACAAUAUAUUAUAAAAAUUUCAAUGUCUACUAAAUACUUUUUAAACUAUUUUGGUUUUCAAGGCAGAGGUGAAAUAGCUAGACUUUUAUUUCAUUAUAAAGGGGUUGAAUUUACGGACAACAAAGUCAAUGAUUGGCCAGCUCAUAAAAGUGACCGUUCUAGGUUUCCAUUGGGACAAAUGCCAACAUUAGAAGUCGAUGGUCAUGUUAUUUGUCAAUCUACAGCUAUUAAUAUUUACUUAGCCGAAAUAUUUUGUUUGAAUGGAGCCAAUGCGUCUGAAAGAGCGGUUAUCAAUCAAGUCUGUGAGACUCUAAAUGAUCUUGUAAAGGAAUACUUACAAGUUUGGAUGAACUCAAAAUUAAAUACUGAUCAAAAAAAAAAAGAGUAUGAACAAUUACUUGCAGAUGAAUCAACUAAAUUAAAGUUUUCUUUUAUGGAGAGCUUGUUGAAGCGUAACAAUAACGGACGUGGUUAUUUUAUCGGUAAAUCGAUAUCUCUAGGGGAUCUAACAUUCUUCGCGUAUAGUGGAUUGGUUGACGAAUCAUUUUUAAGCAACUAUCCCUUAUUGCUCGAGCUGAAUAAACGCAUUAGAGAAAGUCCUGAGUUAAAGUCGUAUUUGGAUUCUCGAAUACACCCACUUUUACCUUAAAUAAAUGUUUUAGAUUUAUAUUAGUUUGCUUGGAAUUUGAAAUGCUUGUGUUUUUA